AAAAUAAUCCGAGAUGUCUUAAUUACUUCGACCAUGAAGAUAUUUAUAGCUUUCGCUGCAUUUAUAUCAUUAUCUCUCGCUAUUUCCUCAACCCCUGGUGACAACAGUCACUAUGUGGAGGGAGUGAGUCGCUACAUCUGGAUGCCUGAUGGUGAUGGAGUGCCGCACCUGGUCGAUCUUCAUGCACCAAUAGACCGUCAAGUGAGCAGAAACGGCGCUGACAAUCAGUACUGGCUAUAUACAAGGCGUAAUCCUACGAACCAUCAAGUAUUGAGACAUAAUGAUGUUAAUUCCGUACGCAAUUCAAACUUUAAUCCAAGCAGACCAAUCAAGGUAUUAGUGCACGGAUGGAAUAGUAAAGGAUCUUCAAGGAUGAACCCACAAAUCAGGGACGCGUUACUACAUGUGGGAGAUUUUAAUGUGAUAGUAGUGGAUUGGCGUAGAGCUGCCAUGGGAACAUAUACAACCUCAGUCUGGUCCGUUCCUGGUAUAGGACAGCAUCUUGGAUGGUUUUUACAGUUCCUUUUUAACAAUUUCGGUGGUAAUUGGAACAACCUUCAUUUGAUUGGGUUCAGUUUGGGCGCACACGUUAUUGGUAAUGCUGGACGUACUAUUGGUGGCCGAGCGGGGCGUCUCACUGGUCUUGACCCGGCGGGUCCUCAGUGGGGUCGCAAUAGCAACGCCAUCAACCGAAACGAUGGCGUUUACGUAGAGAACAUCCACACAGACGGAGGUUUGCUGGGUAUAUUUGACCCAGUUGGGGAUGUUGACUUCUAUCCAAAUGGAGGAAGGAAUCGUCAGCCUGGAUGUAUGCUCAGUACCUGUUCACAUAGCCGAGGCUAUGAACUAUUUGCUGCUAGUGUUAGAUACAAUCAUUUCAAUGGCAGACAAUGUGCAAAUCUUAAUGAUGCCCGCAAUAGCCGUUGUACUGGUGCCAGCCAUCGAAUGGGAAAUGCUGUUAUUGGUAAAAGAGGGACUGGAUUGUUUGGUGUUACUACUGGUUCUAACUGGCCAUUCUAAGAUAUUCAAUACGGUGAGCCAGAAACGCAGUACAAAUAAUUAAAACGGCGAUAUUUUUAAGACAAGCAAUGAAGCUUAAUUCCAGUUAUAUAAUAGUAUGUAUGCAACACAGAACAACAAAAUGUAACCGUAUAUACACAGAUUAUCUUUGAAAAUGUUCUUGAAAUAAGCGAUUUAUGCAAUAAAUUUUUUUAUGAGUAUAUAA